CCUUUCUCGCGGAAGCGUCCUCGAUCCGUUUUAUGGUUAAAUGUGCUGCUUUAGGGCAUCCGAUUGCGUUUUCUUUGGCCUUGAAUUCGUGUCUCAUGCGUAACGUUUCUGUAUUUGUUUCGGUGUUUUGGGUGAGGGAGGAUCAUCCGAGGCCAAGCUCCAUAAAUUGAUUACAAAGAAGGCGAUCUCAUCUCUUCUCUAUUUCACGAAUCACAAUCCUCUUUCUGUUAGCACGGUCUUCGUUAUAGCCAAUUUGCUCAGUCCAAUUUGGCUCUCUCUUGCAAGGGCUCACUAGUGAUGUAUCGGGCCUUGUAGAUCUCGUUGCAAGGGCUUAAGAGGGCGCGAUUCUUCUUACAGAGGAGUCGCCUCUCUCUCAGUCAUGUCAUCGUGAUUCAAUUGUUUUAAAUGGGAUCAACGGAUAAAGCCAUUGAAAUAGAUGUGUUGGAGAGACGAUUGUUGUCAGGUUCAGUUUCAAAUGAAUAUUCUGAAGUUGAUGAAGACACAAUUCUCUACACUGCAUCUUUUGAUGAGAUGGAAGAUAACUAUGUUAAAUACCAAACAGCUCAAUGGAUUCUUUAUUCCUUGCUUUUGGUACUGGCAUGGGGAAUUGGGGUUUUAAUGUUGCUAUAUUUGCCAGUACGAAGAUAUGUCUUACGGAAGGACUUCCGUUCUCGCAAGCUAUAUGUGACUCCUAAUGCUAUUGUGUACAAGGUUUCAAGACCAGUACCUUUUCCUUGUUUUGGAGUUUUGAAGAAAGAGAAGCAUGUGCUGCUAGCAUCAGUUGCAGAUAUAGUUAUUGAACAAGGAUACCUUCAAUCCUUCUUUGGGAUAUAUUCUGUCAGAAUACAUAAUGAAGGUGUAAGAAGGAUUGCGAAUGAUGAUUUUCAGAUCCAAGGAGUUUCUGAUCUAAGGGCUUUCCGUAAGGCUAUUUUAAUGCAUCUUUCAAAUAUAAGGAGUGAUGGUUUCAACAGGCAAACUUCUGUAAAUGAAGAUCCUCAGACAUUUGGUUCUUGUCCUCCAUCUGGUUCUUGGAUAGCCCCGCCUGGAGAUCUGAUAUUGCAGAGACUUGAGGAGGUUGGAAGUUCAAUAAAGAAGGUGCAGACUUUAAUUGAGAAGAAGCCCGAAGCAUCAGAAAUCAUGGACUAACAUCAUCAAAGUCUGUGAGGUUCAAAUCUUUUAGUUGCUCACUUAUUUUGAUCUUUCUGACAAAUAAAAGCAAGUGUUGAGAUUCUUGUAUUUUCUUAAUGUUAACCAGCUGUCCUGCUUAUUCACGUGGCAAUCUAGAAACUUGUUAAUUGAUAUAGGUACAUAUUGAGCUUAUUGUUUUCAUAGAUGAAUAGCAGCUUCAUUUACUUUCUUGGUUGUUCAUGUUGUGCCUUCCAUUAUAUUCAAUUAAGUACGCUUUUGUGGUACUUUAAUUUAGUUCUGUCAGGUUUUUCUGUAUUUCCAUACAUGUAUUAUUAGGAUUUAAUUAGCAUCUGUGCACAUGUUAACUACUUGGUAGAAGAACUAAUUCUUUCAUGUUCUAUUUUGUUAUCUACAGCUUGGUCAUCUCCUUUGGUUAAAUCCAUUUUUUGUUUAAUGAUCAAGUUUACUUUUAUAAUGACAAAUUUACCAUAUGCUGGUCAUCUCCUUUAAAAGAUUUAGCACUUUAUGAUUGAUCCAAGUCAUCCAUGGGUUGUAAUACCUUUGGCUUAGUCAAAAAAUAUACUUUUAGCUGCUGAUGACAAAUGGCUCGACAAUUUCUCGAGAACCCAUAGUAUGUUGUGACUUGUGAUGGCCCUGAAUGUUACAAAAACAUUUCUUAGGAGUUUUUGCAAGUUGAUUUUUUAUAAGUUUAAUCUGGUUAUGAUACAAUAUAUUUACCUAUCUAGUUGUAAGCUUAUUAAGUCUCCUGCUUUUUGAACUUCAUUUUCUAGUAUUUUGUAAAUUUGAAAUUGUUAUUUUUCUGCUUCAGGAAGAUGCUUCUAAGGAGUGGUGUUUAAUUGCAUCAAAUUGUUCGUUUGUCAUUACCUUUUGAAGUUGUGCUAUCUUUGUUCUCCUGAACAUUUAGCAUCUAAGUAGUUGUUCUCUGAUGAUUGAAGUCCCAUAGGCCCAUGAUAUCCUUCCCAAAGCUCCUGUUGGACAUCCACUUCCUGGUGUCCUUUUCAAUUGAGACAACAUAGAAGAUAUCAACGUGUUUAGCUUUUCAAGUAGCCAGAACAGUAGAUUCUUGAUUUUAGGCAUCACCACCCCUACGGAGCAUGAUGUUUUUCUCUUGUGCACUUACCGUCUUCCUUUUGGCCGUUACAGGAUGAUGAUGGGUGUGCAAUUGUGCUCUCCUGGUGCUGAUGUAUCCACUUCUGAUCAUAAUAACCAUCUUCACCACCCGAAGAGGUCAAUCCUGCUUAACUCUUUACACUUGCAUCUUGGUUGUGACCAUCUUAGAAUAUUUUGUUCUUGCAAAUGUAAGAACCUAGAAACAUAAAAGAUAAUCCAUGAAGCUAUAUAGAAGAUAUCUUUUGACU